AUGCUGAUCAACGCGGACGAGAAUCGGUCGAUACACGCACACACAAACGAUGGAUCACCCGUAUACGGAGAUGGCCGGCCGCCGGCAGUGAACAAGAAGGCGACAGAAUCGGAUUUAAGCGUUUCAGGGGACUCUCCGGCAAACAUGAGUACUGAAUAUGAAGAUAAACACCAUUUGGAAGAAGAAGAGGACGAGAAGGGGAAGACACACAAGAAGAGGAGGGGCAGAAGAAGGCGGCUUAAAGGGCCACCGUACAUCUGCGAGUACCCAGGAUGUGGAAAGUGCUUUCAGCGAUCUGAACACUUGGCCCGGCACAAACUCAACCAUAAUCCGAAGAAAAUCUUCCAGUGCCCGCAGCCAGGGUGCAAGAAGACGUUUGUGCGGCAUGAUUUGUUGGUGAGGCAUCUCAAGAGACACGCGAAUAGGAUACAGAAGGAGCGGAAGAAGAUGAGUGAGGGCAAACAUGAUGGAAAUAGAGUUGGAAGUGCGAAAAGAAGUGAUGUGGAGGGGAGUAAUGAGGAGGAAAGUGGUGCGAAGAGGAAGAAGAUGGAGGAGAAUAACUUGCAGAUUGCCAAUUUACAGGGUGCCAAUUUGCGGAGUAUCAGUAUGCAGGGUGAUAUGCAGGAUGGGAUGCGGAAUGCUGAUAUGCGAAAUGCUAAUGCGCGAAAUACCAACAUGGCAGGUACGAACAUGGCAGGCACUAAUAUGCGGGUUGCCAUGCAGAGUACUAACCUUGGCAAUAAUCUGGAAAAUUCAGAUGUGCCAAAUUCUAACCUUCAGAACGAAGCCCCCCCAUUAAAACCCACCAGUACCCGCGCAGCCCCAGGGGUUACCGGGGUCCCCGGUGGGGCCGGGGUGAGCGACCGGGAAAGAAUGAAAUUCGCGGUGAACAACACGGGGAUGCCGCGGGCAGCAUCAGCACAGCCGCAAAACACAAAAGGGUUCAGCAGUGUGACACAAAUCCUCCAGCAGCACAACCAUUCUUUGGCAGACACACCGGAGCCGGCCAACAACAAAGACUUCUCUGCACCGAAUCUUUUGAACUGGCUUUUUAGCGACAAUACAAGCAACCCUGCAGCAGACCAAAGGCUAAAUUCAAGAUUGAAUGUUGGUGUGGCGCAGUCGGACACGGAUGAUUUUUUAACGGGGCUGAACGAGUUUCAGAUGAAUAACGGAGGCCAGAGUUUUUUUAUCCCCGAUGGAUUCGACCAGUUGUCGCCUGCGUCGUCGUCGAAUUUGGGGCUGUACUCUUCGCCGGGCAGCGUGCGGAGUUCCGGGGGGAGCGUGCGGAGUGCCACGGGGAGCGUGGGGAGUGGAGGGGGGCCUGUUGGCCCGGUGGGCACGGGCACAGCAGGCAACGUGGGCAACGUGGGCAACGCGGGCAACGCGCGCAGUGGCAACAAUUCGGGCGGUGCAGCAGUCGCGAAAAAAAACCAAAAAAUUCACCCCACGCCCUCGAUGACGAUGAACUGCGAGCCGGUGGCGACGGCAGAAAAAGCGUCGAUCGACGCAGUGCUGGAACCCAAGCCACGUGCUCCCCACACUCGGCAGUCCGCCGACAGGUCGCUUUUCCACCUCACGGCAGCCCAGCUUGAGCAGUUCUCGUCGUUGAUUCCAGAAAUAAAGGCACACCCGGACUUCGUGCAGUCGAAACUGGAAAAAGCACUCCGUAUGUACUGGAAGUUCUUCCACCCGCGGUUUCCGAUGCUCCACAGGCCGUCUUUUGACUCCGUGAAGACGCCGCCGUUGCUGUUGCUGGCAAUGGUGAUGCUUGGCAUCAAACUGUCGCAGUGCGUGGAUGAUAUCAGGUGUCCCGGGGAGGAGAGGUUCGAAAACCCAAAGGACCUUGCAGACAAGAUUGCACUGCCACUCCGGUGGCUCAUCUUCGCGUCUCCGCAGUUCCAGCCGCCGGCAAAGCUCUGGAUCAUCCAGAGUUUGCUCAUGUUAGAGUUUUACGAGAAAAACUGCACCACGAGGCAACUUCAUGAGAGAGCACACCUCCACCACGGGACGACGAUCCAGUUGCUUCGGAGAUCGCCGACUUUGGGCGGGUCGCCGCACAAGAUCGACUCGGGCGACGACUACGCGACGAACUGGUUCAAGUGGAUCGAGAUCGAGUCCAUGAAGAGGGCCACGUUCAUGUGCUUCUACAUGGAUGCCAUCGAUGCGAUAUCCUUCGGCCACCAGAUGCUCAUCUACGCCCACCAGAUCCAGAUGACGAUGCCCGUGCAGGAUGAGGUGUGGGAGUCGAAGCUUCGCAACUUUCGGGCCGCUUUCAAGCGGUGCAAGCAGCCCAGGCCGUUCUUGUUGGUGCUGAAAAGCAUCUUGAACGGGUUUCCAACGCGGACAAACUCCUUCGGCAAGAAGGUCUUGUUGGCCGGCUUGAGUGCCAUCAUGUUCCAGAUCCAGCAGCGCGACAUGCAGCUCAUGUUUGGCUUGGACAAGUUCGGAAUGAGCGGUACCGUCAACAACUGGCGUGAGCUUCUGACUGCUGCCUUUUCCAUCUGGAGAAACGACGUUGGCGGGUCCUGCUGCUCAUCACGGACCGCCAUCGACAACAUGAGCUCCAUGAAGAACUCCCAGCAGUUCUCCACGAGUGACACGCGGUGCAAAUGCAUCACGUACCACAUGGCACACGUGUACAUGUCGAUUUCGCACUACGAUCUCUUCAUUGUGGCCGGUGCACCCUGGCGGAUGAAUGUGAAGCCAUCCUCGAACUUGGAGAGGGACCAGAUCGAGACCCGGGUCCGUGACUGGACCAAAACCAGACACAGCAAGGUCUGCGUGGUCCAGUGCUACCUUCUCCUAUUCGAGAUGUUUCUCUCGCCCCAGGACUCCUCCUACGAGUACCAGUACGACUACUUGCCCGAUCAGGACUUGUUCUUCCGGUCCUACGUCAUCGGCCUGUGCACAAUGGUGCUCUGGUGCUACAUCCAUGCCCGGUACGGGCCCGAUGCCUACAAAAAGACCAAACACGCAUAUCUCAACCACGAGUACGAGGAGGACGGCUACCGGUACUUGAAACGCAUCCGGAACGAGCUCACUCGGCGGUCUGGUGGAGUAAUGCUUCACACUUGGUUCUCUUCCUGCACAGGUGCCGAGUUCUACGGCAAGCUCGUCAAGUGGGUCAAUGUGCUGGAUGAUGUUCCCGACAAGCAGAAUUUGGUGGGCUUGUUGGACUUGGUGGGCAACAAGCUGGUUGAUGCCGAUUACACCGUGGUCAAGGAGAUCGGCAAGCUCCUGCUUUUCUGCCGGGACCGCUGCCGGGGAAGUUCCGACGAUGUCUUGAUGAACAUGUACGAGUAG